AUGUCAAAAGGGCCGAUUAAACUUUGUAAUAUAAAAGAUUAUGAUAAAUUUAUUGAUAAAUUUGAUACGUUCUUGCUUGAUUGUGACGGUGUUUUGUGGAGAGGUGAUCAUGUAAUACCAGGUGUUCAAAAAGCUUUAUCUUAUAUGAGGAAGAUAGGUAAAAAAAUUUUGUUCGUUACAAACGCUAGCAAAAGUCGUACUGGUUGUCUUGAAAAAUUCAAGAAAUUGAACAUCGAAGCAUAUGAGGAUAAUAACACACAAGAUCCAACAUUUGAUCUUGAAAAUAUAGCACCUGACCCAGAAAUUGGUGCAGUUAUUUGUGCGAAUGAUAAGAAUUUUAAUUACCAAAAAUUAUCAAAGGCAUUAUGUUACUUAAGUCGAAAUCCUGACUGCAUAUUCAUAGCAACCACUCUUGAAGCUAAUUCUCAAGGGAAUUGCGAUUACCCCGUCCCUGCUAGUGGUACGAUCGCUGUUUCAAUACUAAUGGCACUGGGUAGAAAGCCAGAUAUAAUAAUAGGAAAACCAAAUAAACCAAUGAUGGAUUGUAUUAUUCAAAAUUUACAAUUAUUUGAUGCUAAACGCAUUUGUAUGAUAGGUGAUCGCUUAGAUACUGAUGUUCAAUUUGGGAUUAAUAAUGGAUUUACUACCUUAUUAACAUUAACAGGCAUUACUACGGAGAACGAUCUUCUUGUCAAUAACAUCUCUGUCCAGUCAAAGUCUAGAAAAUUUAGAAAAUUAUUUGCAGCACUACAAUCAAAUUUGAUAAAAUCUAUUCCAAACCCUUCACCAACUUCUAUUAUCCCUGACUAUUAUAUUUCUAGUUUUGGUGAAUUUUCUAAACUUGAUUCGCAAUAG